AUGCCUCCCAAACAGAAAUCCGUGCUCGACAAGAUUCGCGCAGAUCAGGCCAAAUUACGAGCUGCUCUAGCCGUUGUCAAGGGCAGCGCAUACAGUCGACUCGAAGAGCAGAAUGCGAAACUAAGGCGGACGGCUGUGCAUUCCCGUCCAGUCGCAAACUCCUCACCACGCCCCCGCAACGUCGUCUCGAAGCCAGAGGUAGCAACAAAGGUUGGUACGAAGCCAUCGGCGAACGAGGUUGUCUCGAAGCCAGUGGUAGAGCUACCGACAAAGGUUGGUACGAAGCCAUCGGCGAACGAGGUUGUCUCGAAGCCAGUGGUAGAGCUACCGACAAAGGUUAGUACGAAGCCAUCGGCGAACAAAGUUGUCUCGAAGUCAGAGGUGGAGCCAGCGUCAAAGGUUGCUACGAAGCCAUCGGCGUACAAAGUCGUCAAGCCACCAUCGCGCAAACCGUCAGUCAUACAGAGGAAAGCGUCAAUCGCGAAGAAGAUUGUCACGAGCAAGAAGUAUCUCGACUCAGACGAUGAGGAUUCAGUGACAGAAAGUCAGACAGAAUCCUGGGUUCCAGCCGGUGGACAUCUCCCUUCCUCCACAACAGCAACCGGCACUGCCACCAACACGGCUUCGAAGUCGGUGGGAAUCGCUAGGAUUCCUGGUUGGAGAGUGGAGAAGUUCACGAAACAAUUAGGAGAGUUCUUGCUGAUGGAGGUGGUAACUGAUGAUGAUCUUUUCAAGGUCAGGGUCAAGACGGAGGAUGAAGGCUUGGAGGAGUUGACUGAUGUGUAUGUGCAAUUCGAGACUGCGGAGCGGGCGGAGGAGUUGAGAGGGAAAAUUGAUGGAAAAAUGCUGGAUGGGAGGAUGUUGAAAGUGGGGUCUGGGAAGAACUAA